CUGCUUGCUCCACAGCUGCUUCUGAGGGGCUGGCCAAGUGGCCCUGCUGGCUCGCCCACCUGAGCGCCAUGGCAAAGAAUGGACUUAUAAUUUGCAUCUUGGUCAUCUCUUUGCUCCUGGACCAGACCACCAGCCGCCCAUCCAAAUUAAAAGCCAGGAAGCACAGCAAACGCCGCGUGAAAGAAAAAGAUGGGGAUCUGAAGUCUCAAGUUGAAAAGCUCUGGAGAGAAGUCAACGCUCUGAAGGAGAUGCAAGCCCUGCAGACAGUCUGUCUCCGAGGCACAAAAUUCCACAAGAAAUGCUACCUUGCUUCGGAAGACCUGAAGCAUUUCCAUGAAGCCAAUGAAGACUGUAUUUCCAAAGGAGGGGUCCUGGUUGUCCCCAGGAGCUCCGAUGAAAUCAAUGCCCUCCAAGACUAUGGGAAGAAGAGCCUGCCUGGUGUCAAUGACUUUUGGCUGGGCAUUAACGAUAUGGCUACAGAAGGCAAGUUUCUUGAUGUCAAUGGAAUGGCUGUCUCCUUCCUCAACUGGGACCGUGCACAGCCCAACGGUGGCAAGAAAGAAAACUGUGUCCUCUUCUCCCAGUCAGCUCAGGGGAAGUGGAGUGAUGAAGUCUGUCGUAGUAGCAAGAGGUACAUAUGUGAAUUUACCAUCCCCUAACGGGCCCUUCUCAAAUGCAUCUUCCAAGCACAAUUGGUCAUGAUUUAUAGGCUGGUGGUCACCAAGAAUAAGUCAAAAUUGUUACUAUUAAUUGCAAAAUUGCAACACAAGUGUCAAUGCCCAUAGCCAUAUAACAGAGCUGGACAAUUUGUUCCCACGUUCACUUGUGAUUCUGCCCUUUGUGGAGCACAGCAGAUCAGAAAUAACAAUCUAGCCACCAGGUAUGUGCACACUGUUAAAGUGACUUCUGCAAACCAAGUUAUCAAAUCAGUUUUCCUCUUUCCUUGUCCUGCUACAUGUAUAGACCCAGUCUGUAUAAAAAAAUACAACACCCUAUAUAUUUCUUCAGUCCAGAAAAGCAAAUUUAGGAUACCUAGAAGAUGUUUCACUUGAAAGUUUAGGGCAAUCAGUGACAGCAAUACAUUCGGAGAAAUGUACCAUUAGGGAAUUUCAAUUUUACGGCGUUAGUCAGUUUUGUUGUUGUACAAACAUCCUUGUGUGUACUUAUCAAGCCUAGCUGGUCUAGGUAAAUCACUCAGUGCAGACUCUUGCUGCAGUCAAGAGACACAGUAAACACAAGGUGUAUGAGGUGUCUGCUGGUGUAACAUGCAGACUGCACAGCAAUAUCUUUUUAUAAAUAGGAGCGUUCUCUAAGACAGCAAUAAAAGCUAUACUAUAGUGUGUUAGCUUUCCGUCACUAUGAUAAAACACCUGACACAGGCUGCAUAUGAAGAGAGGUUGGUUUAGCUCACAGUUUUGGGGUCUUAAAAAUCAAGAUUGGAGAGCCCCACUGGCUUGUCCUCUGGUGAGGGGGACAGAUGGUAGGACACCAUGGCUGCAGCACGUGUAGAAGCAAAUUUCCAAGCCAGGGGUACAGCCCAGUGUUACAGCACCUGCCUGGCAAGCACAAGGCCCUGGGUUUGAUUCCUGGGAAGAAAAACAUAUGCAAAUUUCCAACCAGAGCAGAGUUGGGGGGCUAGAGAACAGGAUCCCACAAUCCUCUUCAACAGCAAGGCCCCAAUGAUCUAAGGACCUCCUAUAUGGCUUUACUUCUUAGAGGUCUACAGCACCUCCCAAACCCUAAACCUACUACCCUCGGGAUACGUGGGGGACAGAAUUAAAGGAUCUCAAACCAUAACAUAUAGUAAAUACACAAGCCAGUAAUGUAGUCGCCAUUAUUAAGCAUAAUGUACUGCACUGCAUUGUUUUACAUUUUAUACAACUAACAGUGGGGUAGGUUUGUUUACACCAGUGUCUUCAGCAAGAAUAUAUGAAUAAUGAGGUUACACUCGUGCUAGAGGGUGAGAACUGCUCCAUCACUGUGCAAUGUAAAUUUUUCAGUUCAUUAUAAUUUUAUGGGACCACCCUCAUAUAUGCAGCCUGUCGUUGAUUGAAAUGUGGUCAUGCAGUGCAUGACUGUAUAUACUGGAUUGAUGAGAAUUCCCUCAGUCAGAGAUUCUAGGUGCUAUACAGUCCAUAAACUUUGCAGCCUGAUACUCCAUCUAUGCUAUCUCAAUGGUCUAUCUUGCUGGCCCAACAUCCUUGAGGUGACCUUGUUGCCUCUUCUAGUGGGGCUUGUAUCUUGUCUGCCAUGUCAGGACAAGGAUGUCCAAAGGGGUUUUGCUUUACUGCUGCUUUGUUCAAACUCCCCCAAUCUGGCUUUCUUUAGAAGUUCUGAAAGGAUCCAAAAAGACACAACCAGGGAGCAUAUCUGAUCAAUUUCCAUUCUGAAUAUUUUGUUACAACUUCCAAUUUAAAUGAGUAACUCAAAGACAGAGAAAGUGCAGAUUAUUUGCUAAAUUAGGGGUGGGGGUUAAAAGUCUACUUUUCCUUUGCUUUUUCAUCCUUACUGUCUUCCUUUAUAUGUGGUAGGUUUUUAUUUUACUUUCUUUAUAUACUUAUGUAUAUUUCAACCAUGGUUAUAUAUUUAUAAGUCUAUUAGGGGUAACAUAUAUUUGAAGUUGAAUGUUGGAUUUAAAUACUGUAAUACUAUUUUAGAGCCAUGUGUCUUUGCCAGUGCUAUUCUGCCAAAUGCUAUUUUGAUUAAAUUGUUUAAUGAAAGGGCUGGGGAUUUAGAU